UAGAAAACAGGCACGAUUACGAAAAAGAAAAAGGCUAGUCACAAGUUAGACAUUUUAGACGCCUCUUGAAUCUGAUUGGCUGUUCGCUCUAAACAUCGUCAUGUGACAAAGAGAAGCAGGAAGAACAAACAAGCGGGCCAGAAUGACAGCAGCCCUCCUGUGUUUCCUCCUGGCUGCACCAGUGCUGCUGGUUGCUGGCAGCCCAGUUAAUAACUCCAACAAUGGGACCGUACCACUGGUGAUUUGGCAUGGGAUGGGCGACAGCUGUUGUAACCCGCUCAGCAUGGGGUCCAUAAAGAAGAUGAUUGAGGAGGACAUCUCUGGCAUUUACGUGCUCUCGCUGAUGAUUGGAAAGAAUGUCGUUGAGGACACAGAAAAUGGAUUUUUCAUGGAUGUGAAUGAGCAGGUGUCCAUGGUGUGCAGUCAGCUGGCUCAGGACCCACAGUUGAAGGGAGGAUACAAUGCCAUGGGCUUCUCCCAGGGGGCACAAUUUCUGAGAGCCGUGGCUCAGCGCUGUCCCUCUCCACCAAUGAAAACCCUAAUCUCCGUCGGGGGCCAGCACCAAGGAGUGUACGGGCUGCCCAGGUGUCCCGGAGAGAGCUCCCACAUCUGUGACAUGAUACGCAAAGCUCUGAACAAUGGAGCUUACACCGACAUGGUUCAGAAACACCUGGUGCAGGCCCAGUACUGGCACGACCCCUUAAAUGACGACCUGUACAAGAAGCACAGCCUCUUCCUGGCCGACAUCAAUCAGGAGAGGGCUGUAAACGAGACGUACAAGAAGAAUCUUCAGUUGCUGGAGAAGUUCGUCAUGGUCAAGUUCCUGCAGGACACUGUGGUGGAUCCUGUGGAUACAGAGUGGUUCGGCUUCCUGAAAAGCGGCCAGGCCAAAGAGACUGAAACUCUGCAGGAGAGCGUUCUCUACAAAGAGGAUCGUCUGGGCCUGGCAGCGAUGGAGAAAGCCGGAAAGCUGGAUUUUCUGGCAUCCAACGGAGACCACCUGCAGUUCACCAGAGAGUGGUUCAAAGCAAACCUGCUGCCUUAUUUACAAUAACACACUUCCAGUCGGUCAUCUCGGAGUAAAUAUAAUACUUCAGCUAUUCUGUUUAAGAGCAAUAUAAUGCACGAGUCAAAGCUUAAUAACGUGGGCAGCGAUGCACAGAAUCCUUUCCUUUUGCACUGAACAUUUGUACCAUGUUGAUGUUUUGUGAUCAUGUUAAAUAUUUGCGUUAUUACACUGUUGUCAUUUCCAUUGAGUUGUUCUGAUGAGAACAGAUUGUUUUAUGAACUGUUGGAGUCACACUUUUAAUUAUUGUUCUUACACCCUUAUGUACAUCAUUUAGCAGCCUCUGUACAGAGCACAUGUUUAAUCCAAUAAAGACAGAAUACAUUAUU